AUGGAGAAGAUGAUCGCAACAAAGGCAAAGAUGUUGGGAGUUUUCAAGGAGAAGUUGGUUAAUGCACCCAAGGAGCUGAACAAUCCAGCUUCUUUGAAUUCAUGCGCUAAGCCUAAGUUAAGCCAUGAAGUUGUGAAGGAUUUCAUGUCCUGCAACAAGAAUGGAUUUGUGAUCUAUGACAACAAGAAUGGAACAGUUUUUGUUGCAUCUGGUUCCAAUGCCUAG